GAAAUGUCGAUUGCGUUGAAUGCAAUCAUCCGAGAAGCGAUUGAUUUGGAAAAUGCACCAUUAGAAGAAGUAUUUCAACAUUUGAAAUGUACAAGAGAAGGUUUGAACUCGAAUGAAGUUCAAGAGCGUUUGGAUCUUUUCGGUUACAAUAAACUUGAAGAAAAGAAGGAAAGUAAAAUCUUGAAGUUCUUGGGAUUUAUGUGGAAUCCUCUCUCGUGGGUGAUGGAAGCCGCGGCUAUUAUGUCGAUUGCGCUUGCGCGUGGAGGGGGAAAGCCUGCGGAUUAUCAUGAUUUCGUGGGGAUCAUUGUUUUGCUCGUUAUAAAUUCAACGAUAAGUUUCAUCGAGGAGAACAAUGCCGGAAACGCAGCUGCUGCUCUGAUGGCUCGUUUAGCUCCAAAAGCAAAGGUUCUUCGCGAUGGAAAAUGGAGUGAAGAAGAUGCUUGCGUGUUGGUUCCAGGCGAUAUUAUCAGUAUCAAACUCGGAGACAUCGUUCCUGGUGAUGCCCGUCUUUUAGAAGGCGAUCCUCUUAAGAUUGAUCAGUCUGCACUCACCGGAGAAUCACUUCCUGUGACCAAGAAUCCGGGAGAUGGUGUAUACUCGGGUUCUACAUGUAAGCAAGGAGAAAUCGAAGGCGUUGUGAUUGCAACCGGAGUUCACACGUUUUUUGGGAAAGCAGCUCAUCUUGUCGAGAACACGACUCAUGUCGGACAUUUCCAAAGGGUGUUAACGUCAAUCGGGAACUUCUGCAUUUGCUCAAUCGCGGUUGGUAUGUUAAUCGAGAUCAUCGUGAUAUAUGGUAUUCAUCAGAGGGAAUAUCGUGUUGGUAUCGAUAAUCUUCUUGUGCUACUCAUCGGUGGGAUCCCGAUCGCUAUGCCUACCGUUCUCUCCGUCACCAUGGCCAUCGGUUCACAUCGCUUGUCUCAGCAGGGUGCUAUUACGAAAAGAAUGACUGCGAUCGAAGAAAUGGCGGGGAUGGAUGUGUUAUGUAGCGACAAAACCGGCACAUUGACACUCAACAAGCUUACCGUUGACAAGAACAUGAUCGAGGUCUUUGCGAAAGGCGUUGACAAGGAUCUGGUCGUGUUAAUGGCUGCACGGGCAUCACGGCUAGAAAACCAGGAUGCUAUCGAUGCUGCUAUCGUUAAUAUGCUCGGAGACCCCAAGGAGGCUCGAGCCGGGAUUCAAGAGGUCCAUUUCCUACCGUUCAAUCCAACGGACAAAAGGACCGCGCUUACAUACGUAGAUAAGAUUGGUAAAAUGCAUAGAGUGAGCAAAGGAGCACCCGAGCAGAUACUCAACCUUGCACAUAACAAAUCCGAAAUCGAGAAAAAGGUGCAUUCGAUAAUAGACAAGUUUGCCGAGCGUGGGCUUAGGUCUCUUGGAAUCGCUCGUCAGGAAGUGCCUGCUGGAACCAAAGAGAGCCCGGGUGGUCCGUGGGAGUUUGUCGGUCUUCUUCCGCUCUUUGACCCUCCACGACACGAUAGUGCCGAAACGAUCCGGAGAGCGUUAGAUCUUGGCGUGAGCGUUAAGAUGAUAACGGGUGACCAACUAGCGAUCGGUAAGGAAACCGGAAGACGACUAGGAAUGGGCACAAACAUGUACCCUUCUUCGGCUUUGCUCGGUGACAAUAAGGACGGUUUUGGAGCUUUGCCUAUCGAUGAACUCAUCGAGAAAGCCGAUGGUUUUGCUGGCGUCUUUCCCGAACAUAAAUACGAGAUCGUUAGGAGACUACAAGCCCGAAAGCACAUAUGUGGGAUGACGGGUGAUGGCGUGAACGAUGCCCCUGCACUAAAGAAAGCCGAUAUCGGCAUUGCUGUGGCCGAUUCCACUGAUGCGGCUCGUAGCGCUUCAGAUAUAGUUCUAACCGAACCUGGAUUGAGUGUUAUCAUUAGUGCAGUCUUAACUAGUCGUUCGAUAUUCCAAAGAAUGAAGAAUUACACGAUAUAUGCCGUUUCUAUCACCAUCCGAAUUGUGCUAGGGUUUAUGAUGUUGUGUGUUUUUUGGAAGUUCGAUUUCCCUCCGUUCAUGGUUCUCGUUAUAGCCGUCCUCAACGAUGGUACAAUCAUGACAAUAUCGAAAGAUAGGGUAAAACCAUCUCCGGUUCCGGAUAGUUGGAAGCUCACGGAAAUCUUCGCAACCGGGGUUGUUCUUGGUGCAUACCUAGCCCUAAUGACCGUCGUUUUCUUCUGGCUAGCAUACGAAACCAACUUCUUUACGAAAACGUUCGGUGUCAAACCAGACUUCAACUCACACCAUCGUAACAUGUCAAUCAAAGCCGAGUCGGAACAGCUAACCGCGAUGAUGGCAUCGGCCAUUUAUCUUCAAGUCAGCACCAUCAGCCAGGCCUUGAUCUUCGUGACUCGAUCUCGGGGUUGGUCGUUCACUGAAAGGCCCGGUCUUUUGCUUGUAACCGCAUUUCUGAUAGCUCAACUGGUGGCGUCGGUGAUAUCGGCGACCGUCACGUGGGAAACAGCCGGAAUCCGAAAGAUCGGGUGGGGGUGGACUGGGGUUAUCUGGUUGUUUAACAUCUUGACUUACAUGUUACUUGAUCCUAUCAAGUUUGCUGUUCAAUAUGGGCUAAGUGGAAGAGCUUGGGGCUUGGUUGUGGAGAAAAGAACUGCAUUUACGACGAAGAAAGACUUUGGACGGGAAGCUCGUGAGGCAGCAUGGGCGACAGAGCAACGUACGCUGCAUGGACUUCACUCCGCUGAGCCGAGAGUGUUUCCCGAGCAAGGAACAUUCAGAGAGAUUAGUCUCAUGGCGGAUGAAGCUAGACGACGAGCUGAAAUCUCAAGGCUAAGAGAGCUUCAUACACUUAAGGGGAAAGUUGAGUCUUUUGCUAAGCUAAGAGGAUUAGACAUUGAUGCAAUGAAUCAACACUACACAGUUUGA